AUGUCUGUAACAUCAUCGACAUCCUCGGAAUCAGUUUACCUAGAACGCGACGACGACAUUGCGCCUGUCGCACGUACUGCCAUUGCCAAGAGGCCAGUAUCUACAGCAAAAAUGCCUAAAAAGAUCAAGCAAAAGACUCCGCAAGACACUAUUGACGAGUUUUGGGCCAAGUUUACAACCAAAGCACCUGGAAAAGCCACUACUGUUAUUCCUCACAACUCUUACGUUGACCUGGCAGCCAAGCACGCGCACCAAACUGCAGGAAUCACAACGCAGGCAUCUUACGACGAAGCUGCCGCAGUUUGUCAGGCCAAGGUGGCCAAAAUCGUCAAGGAAUGUCGCCGUGUCAACCAAAAGUACAGAGACCCCCAUUUUGACCUUGAGUGGGACUUGAAAUGGGGCAAGCGAGACACACUUGAGACCCUGUACAACUUUAGGAAUCCCCUACAGUCCAAAUUCAAGCCCAAAAGCGUCAAGAGAGUGCCCGAUAUCUUUGAAAACCCUAGGUUCUACAUCGACGGACCAACGGCCAGCGAUGUAAGACAGGGCAGGGAUGGGGAUUGCUGGCUGCUCGCGGCUCUUUGCACGCUCAGCAACAAACCUAGUCUGAUUGAGCGGUGUUGCGUGGCUCGCGAUGAGCAGGUCGGCGUCUACGGCUUCGUCUUCCACCGAGACGGCGAGUGGAUCUCCGAGAUCAUUGACGACAAGUUGUUCCUGACCAAGCCGGACUUCGAGGAAAGCUUUCUCGAACGAGUGCUCUGGGAAGACAGAGAGCGGGUCGAGUCCGAGGAGCAAUACCGCAAAGCAUACCAGAGCGGGUCGGGUUCUCUGUACUUUGCUCAGUGCGUCCAUCCAGACGAAACUUGGGUACCUCUGCUGGAGAAGGCAUAUGCCAAGGCCCAUGGUGACUUUGCGGCGAUUGAAGGUGGCUUCACUGGGGAAGGAAUUGAAGAUCUCACAGGUGGCGUCACCAGUGAGCUCUACACCAGCGAUAUCCUUGAUACGGAGUAUUUCUGGAAGGAAGAACUUAUGAAAGUCAACGAGGAGUUUCUCUUCGGUUGCUCGACUGGCAUGUGGGGAAUCGGCUGGGGCGAACGCCGAGGUAUCCUUGAGCUACACGCCUACUCCGUCAUGCGGGCUGUCGAAGUCGACGGCCAUCGUCUCCUGCUCCUGCAGAACCCCUGGGGCAAAGGCGAGUGGAAAGGGCCGUGGAGCGAUGGAUCUAAAGAAUGGACUGCUGAAUGGCUACUCAAGCUUAAUCAUCGCUUCGGCGAUGACGGCUCCUUUUGGAUCUCGUACAAAGAUCUUCUUCGCAAAUACCAAGCAUUUGAUCGAACUCGCCUGUUUGGUCCAGAAUGGAAAGUCACUUCCCUCUGGACGACACUCUCCGUUCCAUGGACUCUUGAUUAUCAUGACACCCAGUUCGCCUUUUCUUUGACCAAAAGUGGCCCGGUCGUUCUUGUCCUCUCUCAAUUAGAUGAUCGUUACUACCGCGGGCUAGAAGGACAGUACCGUUUCGAACUCAACUUUCGUCUACACAAGACUGGCCAGGAAGACUAUGUCGUCCGCAGCAUCAACCCCUAUUGUCAGAAGCGCAGUGUCAAUGUGGAACUAAAGCUCGAGGCGGGCGACUAUACGGUGUUGCUCAAGAUCAACGCUACGCGCGACAUGGGACUACUACCAAUAGAGGAGGUUGUACGAAACUACGCACGAGAACGUCGAGACAAGCUUGUUGCUGUUGGAAUGUCGUACGACUUGGCUCACAGCAAAGGAAAGAUUAUUGAAAGUGAGGAGGAGAGAAGGGCGAGGAAAGAUGUCGAGAAGCGGAAGGAACAGAAACAAAAAGAGGAGCUGAAAAAGAAGCUAAUGAAUAUUAGACAGCGGAACCAUUACUACAAUGUCAAAGAGCAGAAUAAAAGGCGGGAAAAUAAGGCCAAGGCCAAAGCGAAGGUGCAACUCAGGAAAUACCAAAAGGCCGAACGGGAAAAAGCCAUGCGAGGUGCCAAGGACAUUGAGGACUCCGAGGCUACCCAGGACCCCCUCCAAACAGGAAGACGUGUCCAGAUAUUGACACCUGGUUCCACCCCAGGCCCUGGGGAUUCGCAGAAAGAACUUCCCCUCAAGACUUCCAAGCCUAGUCAGGAUACGAAUGCGACCAUGAACUCGGUAGAAUCGGAAAAGUCAACACCCGUAGCACCUGAUCCAGGAUUUGAUACGACUCCAGUGCCGCAAACCUCAGAUGCGUCCGGUGUUCCAACGGAGUGGGCGACUAAGCUCGCGACUGCCGCAGCGGCCCCUUACUCAGUCGAUUCUUCCUCGUCCGGUGUUGUUUCUGAGCCCCAGAGCUCAACUUUCAAAGGCCAGACGACCAAAGCAUUAGAGGCACAAACCAGCCACACGAAUCAAGACAGGGAGGACCGUAACACCAAGAAGGCAGCUGAACCUCCUUCACCUGAGACUGACUCUGAGAUCCAUUCUUCGUCUGAUGAAUCAGAUAUUUCAUCCGUCGCCGACAUUUCAGACCGCGAGCUUGAGUAUGAGCUCCAAUAUCAACUUGAAGCUCGCGCGAGACCUCCACCGCCGGUCGCUGCACAACCUACAGCCUCAGAUGAAGCGGAGAAAGAAGAAGAAGACGAUGAUGACAACGACGAGUUUUUACGCAGUCCUUGGAACGCAGUCGUCACUGUUGGUCUACGUAUAUACCACAAGGUAGCCAAGGAGGACAAGGACAAGGAGAUGGUGAGACUGCGUGUCGUUCGACCAAAUCCACAUGUGAAGAAGACCGGCCACGAGAAUGCUAAAGAUGCACCCCGGGAGAAGGACAACGGCCAGGGGAACAGCCAUAGAGGCAGCCGAGAGGAUUCAGAGGGGGAAGAACAGGGUGUUGACAUGGAAAAGGGUCUCGAUGUUGAUGACUCCUCCAAGGAUGCUACGCUUAUCGGAGAUCACGAGCGCAGGAAGAAGAGUAUCGUGCCGAAUGAGGGACUACGACCACCGCGAUAA